GAGUCUUGUAAGUAAGUAUUUUCUUUUCAUGUUUUUUGUCAAAUGUCGCGAGACAACUGGCGUAUUUCGUAUGCAUUGACCAAACUUGUGUGUUAAAUAUUUUCAUGUCACGAGAUUCAUGCGUGUUUUGUCUAUCAAGUUAUUUUUUCACAUUUGCUAUUUUUUGAGUUUAUUUUGUAUGCCACGUACAUUAUCGUCUCAAUAGACGUGCUGUACGAUAUUUUGUCGUAUUUCUGCUAUACUGUAGACUUUGUCACUUGUAUUUCUGUAAACACGUGGAUGAUAACGUCUGCACAAGUGUACAAUAUUUCGUAUUUAUCCGUGUAUUUUUUCAUAUUUUGCUAGUUUAUUGUCACUUUCUAGCGUUUACCAUAGCGUUGGGGUGAUUUUGCCUUAGUAAAUUGCAUUAGAUAAAUAUUUUGUAUUUUGAUAUUGUUUACGUGUUAUUGUCGUCUGGUCGGUCGCCAUCACUUCCACGUGAUUUUUGGCGCCAAUUCGACAGUGACAUUUUUGCGCAUAGAUAACUUACUUCCUGUGACGUAACAACUACUUUCGUUUUCAAUUCAGCAUUUCCUGAAAAUCGUUUUGUUUGUUUACAUUAAGAAAAAAAAGUAAUUUAACAUUACAGCUAGUCAUUCUAAAUUUUCUUUAAAAAUAAUUGUUUAAUUAUUUUUGGCAUUCAUUUUUCUAUCAUUAGGGGCCUUACAUUUACCUUUAUUUGUCAAAUAUUUGAUAAUGUAUUAAACUUUGCCAUUUAGUAGGUGCAAUAUUGUUCUUUGUUGACAUAGAUAUUAUAUUACUUUUGUAAUACAUUGGGUUUGAUUUCAAUUUUUUUUCUCUCUUUGGUAUAAUUAGUAUAAUCAUUAUUUAUUUAUUUAUUUAUAUUUCCUUUUCAUUUUUGUUGGUAUCAUUUUCUAAAUUUGCAAAAUGUCACAGACCCCCGUCUUUACAAACUUUGCAUCGAAGAUGGAAUUACAAAAAAACUAAAAGGUGUAGGCCCAGUCGUUGCAGAUAACAUUAAAGCGUAUCUCAGUGCGUCCGGCAAUUUUUUAGGACCAGAAGACCUGGAUCAGGUAAGGAACCUAAAACUCAACAAAGAGGAAAUCGAAAGGAUCAAUUUCCAUUCUAAUCCCAAAUAUAGCUUUUUGCAUACCAUUAAGAGUCAGUCUGAUGGUUCAACUAGUGUGGGAGAUGUUAGCGGAAAUUCCGGAAUUCUCCCUCACUUGCGAUUCAUGAGACUGCGGAUGAGGAGGUCUUUAAUGACCAGGGGAUUGGGCCGGGUGAGACACAACACGGCAAUCCUCAAUCAGAAAGGACCGGUUCUGAGGAAAUUAUGAAUGACGCCUUGAGGGGUUUGAUUACAAAGAAAAAUAAACAAAAAAAGUAAAAGUCAAAGUGUUAGACCAAAAGAAUUUGAGUUACCACCACCCCACAAGGACCCAAAUGAUCAAAGGCAUGUCGCGAGAGUUCGUUCUGUAAAUAAUGAACAAAAGCAUGUUGUAAGAGCUGGUGUUGAUACAUUUGAGCAAAAACAUGUUGUGAGUGCUGGUAUGGAAGGAAGGUAUCUGAAUACACCGAUGUUAAACUCUUCAUUUGCUCCUCCCAUACAAACCUCAAGCUCUCCAGUUCCUCAAAUGUUUCCGCCAACAACCGUAAGUGCACCAUACGGAGGAAUGCAGCCACAAUGGGGUAUGCAAUAUCCCCCGUGCUCAUCACCAAUGAUGCCGCCCUACGGUAUAGCGCCUUGAGGACCUUACCCAUAUCCAUUUUACCCUCCAUAACCAUAUGGGUAUCCCAUGAUGUCAUUACCGCAGACUACAGGGGUUUUGUACCACCAGUAUCAGCGGUAAAGUCGGAACCUUUCAAUGUGUUUCCGCAACCUGUGCCUACGGGCUCCCAGGGUUAUCCGGCGGUGCGCCACCGUUGAGUAGCCAGGGAGCACCCAUAUAUCCUCAAAGUGGGAAAUCAGUAUCAUAUACAGUACAUAUCCGACCGCAUGAGUUGCACAGACAAGAUAUACAUUGCAACCACAACAUCAACAACAUGCAUUGCCACAACAAAUACAACAACAACCAGUACAACUCAACAAAUACAACAGCCACCAAUGCAAGCUCAACAUCAACAGCAUGCAUUGCCACAACAAAUACAAAAACAACCAGUACAAACUCAACAUCAACAACAAACUCAACAACAACAACAUGCAUUACCACAACAACAACCUGUACAACUUCAAAACCAGUAACAAGCAUAUCCACCACAAGCACGACAACAGCAAAACAAUGCUGUUAUUCAGCAAAUACCACGUCAAGACAGAGUUGAUACUUUGCCAAAAUCCCUCCGAUAUGACGGCACAGAUUCGUGGGUUGCAAUCCAGCAAAAAUUCAAUCGGUGUGCUGAAGUAAAAAACUGGCGCCCCCAAGAAUCCAAACAUUAUUUGGGUUGGUAGGCUGACAUCGGCUAUAUGCAGCUGAUGCAAAAAUUACAAAAGCGGUUUGGAUAUAAAGAGAUACCUGAAACCGCUCAAUUGAAAUUAAGCUCCUUAAUGCAGGGGACUGAAGAAAGAAUGGAGGAAUGGGCUGAUCGAGUGUUUCAGCUUGCCCUCCGAGCUUAUGAAGGUCUCCCUGAGCAUUAUAUGCUUAAUCAAGCCAUUAAGCGUAUUUGUCAUGGUUGUAAGGAUAAGGAUGCUGGACAGUUUGCUAUCAAUCAGCAUCCAGAUAAUAUAGAAGAAACCAUUGACCAUCUUAAAAGUUUUCAAUACAACCAUCAAGCAAUUUAUGGUAAGGUCAGAAAGGAGGUCAGAAAAGUUUCUCUUUGUGAGGAGGAGACGGAGAAUUCCGUGUGCUCCCACAAAGAUGACUUCAUCCAACUCCGAUCUGCGAAGGUUGAUGUAACCCAUAGGUUAUCGAAAAUGGAAGAUCAUAUGGGAACAUUAACGUCCGGUAUGAGAGAUAUUAUGAAGAAAAUGGAAGCACUGGUAAGAGAACGAUCAUCAAGUCGAUGUCCAAAGCGUCAGCAGAUGCGUACAACUUCAAGGUCACCGUCACCUUCGGGUCGUAGAUGCUAUCAGUGUGGGGGUAUAGGUCACUUUAAAAGUGAAUGCCCAAGUUUGAACUCGGUCAACAAACCCUCGAGAGUGGACAAGACAGUAACCUUCGCAGAGCCCAGGAAUGAGGGAAACGAGAAAGGGUCAAGGUAUUAGGCCAACCCUUUAUCCCUUCAGAGCCUGGCCUAGUAACAGAUAAUACUGCACCGUCCGACAAAUUGUGUAUUCGAAGAUUGAGAUCAAC